GAACGGGCGGCUGUGGCAGCCAUCUUAGAUUCGCCGAGCUCUUCGGCAGCGCAUUCCUGGGAUUUCUGUAUACGAUUUAUUUUAUUUUUUAUUUAUUUUAUUAUUAUUGUUUUUAUUAUUUGCACAUUCCUUCAGAUACACUGUUAUUUAUUGCAUGACGAGGGGCCAAUUCAGAAGAGAACGCCAAACAAAAAGGAUGCAUUUACUGAAAUAUAUAGAGUGGGUUUGUCUGUGGAGUCUAUUCUGCGGGAUUCAAGCAGCUAAAGUUAACAAACACAAGCCAUGGAUUGAAACAACAUAUCAUGGAAUAAUUACAGAAAAUGAUAACAAGGUGCUUCUAGAUCCGCCUUUAAUUGCAUUGGAUAAAGAUGCUCCUCUUCAGCAUGCGGAGAGUUUUGAGGUGACUUUUACCAAAGAAGGUGAAAUCUGUGGAUUUAGGAUUCAUGGGCAAAAUGUUCCAUUUGAAGCCAUGGUGCUGGACAAAACAACUGGCGAGGGAGUCAUUCGCUCCAAGGAAAAGCUUGACUGUGAGCUGCAAAAGGAGCACACAUUCACAAUACAGGCAUAUGAUUGUGGAGAGGGUCCAGACGGUGCCAACAUGAAGAAAUCCCACAAAGCAACUGUCCAUAUUCAAGUGAAUGAUGUGAAUGAAUACUCUCCUGUAUUCAAAGAAAAGUCAUACAAAGCAACUGUCAUAGAGGGGAAAAAGUAUGACAACAUCCUUAAAGUGGAAGCUGUUGAUGCAGACUGCUCCUUCCAGUUCAGCCAGAUUUGCAGCUAUGAAAUUGUAACUCCAGAUGUGCCUUUCACCAUUGAUAAAGAUGGAUAUAUUAGAAACACAGAGAAACUUAACUACAGCAAAGAACGCCAGUAUAAGCUAACAGUUACAGCAUAUGAUUGUGGAAAGAAGCGUGCUGUGGAUGAUGUUCUUGUUAAAAUAAACAUAAAACCUACAUGUAAACCUGGCUGGCAAGGGUGGAAUAAAAGAAUGGAAUAUGAGCCUGGAACAGGAAGUUUGGCUUUGUUCCCUGGCAUGCAUUUAGAAACCUGCGAAGAGCCAAUUACUUCAAUUGAGGCAAAUAUUGAACUAGAAACCAAUCAUAUCGGCAAGGGCUGUGACAGAGAUACAUACUCUGAAAAGUCUCUUCAUAGAUUAUGUGGUGUAUCUUCAGGGACAGUGGAAUUACUUCCAGCUCCCAGCAGCACAGUUAACUGGACUGCAGGCCUUCCUACUGACAAUGGUCAUGAUAGUGACCAGGUGUUUGAAUUCAAUGGUACACAAGCUAUCAAGAUUCCUGAAGGUGUUGUUACAACCAACAUGAAAGAACCUUUCACAAUCUCUGUGUGGAUGAGACAUGGUCCUGGUGCCAGAGAGAAAGAGCACAUCCUGUGUAACUCUGAUAAGACAGAUAUGAAUCGCCAUCAUUAUGCAGUCUAUGUACACAACUGCAGAUUUGUAUUUCUGUUCCGUCAAGAUCCUUCAGUCAGUGAGAUCUACAAACCUGCUGAAUUCCAUUGGAAACUUGAUCAGGCAUGUGACAAAGAGUGGCACCACUAUGUCCUUAGCAUUGAUUUUCCCACUGUGGCACUCUAUGUAGAUGGAGUGUCAUAUGAUCCAUUCCAGGUGACUGAAGAUUAUCCACUGCAUCCUUCUAAGAUUGAAACACAGCUAGUGGUUGGUGCAUGCUGGCAAGACAAUGCAGAACAUGAGAAUGAAAAUGACACCAAUCCCGAGAUGUUCGCAGGUGGAAACCUGCGUAUGGCUCAGUUCUUUCAUGGUAACUUAGCAGGUUUAAUGAUUCGAUCGGGUAAACUGGAGAACAAGAAAGUAAUUGAUUGCCUGUAUACCUGCAAAGAGGGGCUGGAUAUUCAGCUUCCUGAAGAGCUUGGCAGCAGCAUUAAGGUUCACUUUAAUCCAAACCAGUCCCUGUUGGUAAUGGAGGGAGAUGACAUUGAGAGCUUUGAUAAAGCAAUGCAACAUGUGUCUUAUUUGAAUUCACGUCAGUUUCCAACCCCUGGAAUCAGAAGGCUUAAAGUCACAACAGCUGUCAAGUGUUUUAAUGAGGAGACCUGCAUCUCUGUCCCAAAUGUAGAAGGCUACAUCAUGGUUUUGCAGCCAGAGGAACCCAAGAUUAGCCUAAGUGGCAUUGAUCACUUUGCAAGGGCAGCUUCAGAAUUUGAGAGUAAAGAGGGUGUAAAGCUGUUUCCAGAGCUCAGGAUUGUUAGCACAAUCUCUCGUGAGGUGGAGCCAGAAGGGGAAGGAGAAGAUGAUCCAACAGUCCAAGAGUCCAUUGUCUCCGAAGAGAUUUUGCAUAAUCUUGACAUGUGUGAGGUGACAGUUUUGGGGGAUGAGCUGAAUACUGAACAGGAGAGCCUGGACAUUGACCUUUCUUUGAUUCAUCAAAAAGGAAUGGAGAUGAGCACAUCAAACCUUGGAAUGAUUAUUACUGGGGUGGAUACUAUGGCAAAUUAUGAGCAGGUUCUCCACCAGGUCCGCUAUCGACACUGGCAUGCAGAAUCCCUCUUUGACAGGAAGUUCAAGAUGGUCUGUUCUGAACUUAAUGGUCGAUACAUCAGUAAUGAGUUCAAGGUUGAGGUAAAUGUUAUUCACACAGCUAAUCCAGUCGACCAUGCUAACAAUGCGAUGGCACAGCCACAGUUUGUCAAUCGAAUGCACCAUGCGGAUUUGCCUGGGCAUAAUUUAGCAAAACCUCAUCCAGCUUUGGUUGUUCCAAGUGCUGCCACGAUUGUAAUUGUGGUUUGUGUCAGCUUCCUGGUGUUUAUGAUUAUUUUGGGAGUUUUCCGAAUCCGUGCUGCACAUCAGAGGAGUAUGAGGGACCAUGAGAAUGGCAAAGAAAAUGAAAUGGACUGGGAUGACUCUGCUUUAACCAUCACAGUCAACCCCAUGGAGACCUAUGAAGACCAACACAGCAGUGAAGAUGAGGAAGAAGAAGCAGAGGAAAGUGAAGACGGAGAAGAAGAUGACAUUACCAGCGCCGAGUCUGAAAGUAGUGAGGAGGAGGAUGGUGAGCAGGAGGAAGGACAGAACGUUAUCAGGCAGCAGCAGUUGGAAUGGGACGACUCGACUCUGAGUUACUGAGUCCACACACGGCCAGCCAGAGGUGUGUGUGUGUGUGUGUGUGCUCUGCUUUUAAAGACUCCACUGUAUCCACUCCAUAGCUCCUAAGGACUCGUGGUGUAAAACCAAAAAAGCAAACCGAAAACUGAGUACAGAGUUGUUCCUUGUGGUGGCCGGUGUUGCUGCUGUAGUUUGUUAUCCAGUGUCAGAAUUAUUAUUAUUAUUAUUAUUUGGAUUUCAUUUAGAAAGGAUUCUUAUAGGCCCUGGCUGACUUGCGUUUUUUCUUUUUACACCAUGAUAAGGGGACGCCUUGCACUUUUUUUCCUUCAAGUCAUCUCAGCUGUUGAGACUUUAAAAGAAAAAACAAAUCGGUAGACGUUGCACAUGAAUUUACAAAGAUCCUUUUUGCUAAAAACAAGCAAGCAAACAAACAAAAGCAACUGUGUCCGUGUGACUAGAGAGGGGGACGCGGUGACCGAGAGGCAAAUUGGGACGCAUUUGAACGGGAGUUUUUCUUUCUCAUUUUUUAUUGCAUGAGAAGCGGCAAAAAGGUUAUGUAGAGGAGUAAAUUACUUUAAUAUUUUGUAAAUAUAAUGAAAUCCUGUAAUUAGUCAUUGUGAUAGUGAAGAUGAGGGAUUAGACAUUUGGGGUCCAAUAUAUAAAUGGGGAUUUUUAUUUUUUCCUUCACAUAAGCAGUGUGUACCGUAGUAUGUCGUCACCAUGACUAUAGCAUGCUCCAAAAUUUGCAAAUAAAGUAAGUACUACUAUUAUGCUUGUUAAAAAAAAAUAAAGAAAAACCUGCAUCAGGAAAAAGAAACCCAUGACAGCCACAGAGGUUUCUUGCAGAAAUUGUCGUAGGUUUUGGAAACAAGUGACUCUACUUGUUCAGGGUCUAGUUAAAAAUAAAUAAAUAAAAGUUAUUUAAACCGUCGGGCACACUGGCUUAGGGUCUGCUCGGGUAUAAAUUAUGAAAUUGUAACGGCUUUAAAUGGUUUGAAGCCACAGUUCCGUAUGUAUGGACACGUGUGUGUUUGUGGGCCCAGAUGCCAUUGCUAAAGUUUUAGUCGGCCAGUCCUUGUACAGGUGGGCGGCUGGCUGGGCGGGCGGGUGGGCGAUGGCUGACUGGCAUCCUUGCGUUGGAAUAUUGAAUUCUGAAAAUUUCCGCGGCUUUCUUGAGCUCUUUUGUUCCAAACUUUUCCUUUUUCUUAAGUCCAGUGUUAGUCGUGUAGGAAGACAUUAUUGGCGUGCAUCUUCGUGGCCGUCUCGAACCAUAAUGGGUGUGAAGUGGGGUGGGCUUGGGUGGGGAGGGGGGGGGGCGCGCGCGGAGUUCGGCAUUCAUUUCCAAUAACUAUAAAUAGCUUCUUGUACAUUGAACUGUACCGUAGUUGUUUUUGAACAAUUUGUUUACAUUUGGUAAACAUGGUUUCCUUCUGGUAAAAUUAUAUAGAGUAUAAAAAUUAUACAAAAGAAAAUUGGGACGUAUGCAGACUGUGUUUAGGUUACCUUUUUUUUUUUUUUUCUUUUCAUUAUUAAGAAUUUCUGCCACUGUGUUUCUAAAUGUUUCUUACUGACCAGGAACUGGAUUUUACAUUUGACAUUUGUUAACGCUAACGCUAAAAAAACAAAACAAAAAGAAAAAAGCAGACAAAGCAAAAAGCUCAGCCUGCGCCUGUCAUUGUUGUCACGGGUGGGCGACGUGGGUUCACAUGCAAAGGUGCGCCAGGGUGGAGUUUGGUGCGGGUCUUGUUGGUUAUGAGGUUUAAAAAAAACAAAAUAAAGUACAUGUGGUUGGGCGUUUGGUGACAGUUUUUUUGGGGGGGGGGGGUUAGGGUAGGGAUGGUUCACUUAACGUUAGCCCCUCCUGUCUUCAGAAACCUCAUCUCCUGUUUUUGAAGACUUUCUCUUAUGUGGGUAUUUGAGAAGGUUCAGAGGGUCUUUGGUUGGUUUGAGGGAGUGCCUUUCAUGACUGGUUAACUGAAUUGUAACAAAAUGCAUCCAGCGCCGUUUUUAGUAGUGAUUUAUUAUUUUAUAACUUUUAAAUUGGAAGGUUUCUCAGCAUACUGGGAAAUUGUUUUAAUUACUACUUUUUUUUUUGGUUGUAAUAAAUUGCUAGUUUUAUCAAAAGUGACUUUUUGUCGGACAUAGAUGUGUUGUGUUCUUGUUGUGAAUACAGAUAAAGUCUCCAUAUACAGUAAUGACAUCUUGUAUAUUUAGUUUACAGAGAUCAUGACUGAAACGACGAUGCCGAAAGAAUUUUAACUUUACUGUGUGUAACCAAUGUGAGUAUAAACUUACAAAUGUGUAUAAGGUGAUAGGUCAGGUGGGACAGUCUCUUAAGCUCCAAUAAAUUUCCAGUUCUAAA